UUCUUUAUCUAUGAUUUACUUAAAAUGUGUCCAGAUGUAAUUGGCUGAGGAGGGAAAAGAAUCACCCGCCUCAAACGAAAGCCAACGUCCACCUCUAUCACUUGCUUUCAAUCGAAUUGCGUUCAGCGUUCUCUUUCUUUAUCUGAAAGCUGUGGAUCUAAGAUCAGCAGCAACCAUCUCAAUCGUACAAGAAAGAACCCACAACGGGCUGGACAAAACAGGGCCAACUCAAUAGGUAGGCCACUUAGGCCAUUGCCUAAGGCCCCCAAAUGGAAGAGAAAAAAUAGGCCUCAAGAAGAAGAAGAAGAAGGCCCUAAAUAUUUGCUAAUGAAAAUUCCUCAUGCAGAUGAAGCCUCCACUAACACAAUGGUUGCUUCUGAGAAUAUGAUGGGCUUUUGCUGAACAUAUUGCACUUAGAAAAAGCUGAAUAAGCAUUACGGUCUGAGUGGGGGAUCCGUAAUUCUUGUUGUCUAUGAGCAGAGAUGAAAGGAGGAAAUAAUUUUAGAUUGAGGGGGAGAAAUCUUUCUCUCACUCUGGUUGUUCUCAUUGUUACAACUAUAGCAAUUUGGACUUGGGAAAAAAAUCCUUUUGCUAAUAGUCUACUAUCGGCUGAAGAGCGGUAUACAAUCUCUUCUUCAGAGUUUCAUGUGGGUUCCCAAAAUGAUUCUGUAGUAUCCAUGAAGCCAAUGGAUAAAAUUGAGGAAAAUAUAUCACACUCAAUCAUAAAAGAAGAAACAAAAGGAGAAGAAAAGUUUGGUACUGCACCAGUCGAUGCUAUAUCUGCAUUCUCUCCUGAAAUGAUAGACAGUGGUGGGCAUGUGAUUUCCUCCAAAACUAAAGUUGGUGCUGCACUAGUGAUUAGAUUCUCCAAAACUAAAGUCUGCAAUUAUGCCAAGGGUAGAUGGGUUGCAGACAGCCAGAGGCCUUUCUAUUCAGGAUUCGGGUGCAAGCAGUGGUUAUCAAAAAUGUGGGCAUGUAGACUAACACAGCGAGAAGAUUUUUCUUAUGAAGGAUUUCGGUGGCAGCCAGAAAACUGUGACAUGCCAAAUUUUGAGCAGUCCACAUUCUUGCAAAGAAUGCAGGAUAAAACAAUUGCAUUUAUAGGAGAUUCAUUGGGCAGGCAGCAGUUCCAGUCUUUAAUGUGUAUGGCCGCUGGUGGGGAAGAGAGCCCAGAAGUUGAAAAUGUGGGAAAAAAAUAUGGUCUUGUCAAAGCUCGUGGAGCCAUUCGUCCUGAUGGCUGGGCUUAUAGAUUCACAAAAAUAAAUACCACCAUUUUGUAUUACUGGUCAGCAAGUCUGAGUGACCUAGUGCCCCUUAACAUCUCAGACCCAUCCACCAAUGUGGCUAUGCAUUUGGAUCGUCCCCCGGCUUUCAUGAGACAGUUCCUCCAUCAUUUUGACGUGUUGGUUCUAAAUACAGGACACCACUGGAAUAGGGGUAAGCUUAAUGCAAAUCGUUGGGUGAUGUAUGUGGAUGGAAAGCCGAAUGAAGAUAAAAAACGUGCCGAAAUCGGGCAUGCCAAGAAUUUUACAGUGUAUAGCGUCGUUAGAUGGCUUGAUUCUCAGCUUCCCUCACAUCCUCAUCUUAAAGCUUUUUUUCGGACGAUCUCGCCUAGGCAUUUUGUUAAUGGGGACUGGAACACCGGGGGUAGCUGCGAAAAUACCACUCCAUUGUCUGGAGGAAGCGAAGUUGUGCAAGAUGUAUCAAGUGAUCCUAUUGUUGAGAAUGCUGUAAAGGGCACAGCAGUAAAGAUUUUGGAUAUAACUGCACUAUCUCAACUGAGGGAUGAGGGUCACAUAUCCCACUACAGUGUUAGAGGGACUCUUAAUGUUAGCGAUUGCUUACAUUGGUGCCUACCCGGCAUUCCAGACGCAUGGAACGAGCUCCUUAUCGCACAAAUAUAGGCUCAGCCACGAUGAGUAUGCAUUGACUAAAGACUGAUUGAAUCUCCUAUUCUUUAUGGUCUAUAGAAGACCAUUUUUCUCAUAUUCUGUGGGACAGCUUUUUUACUGAUUAGAGAGUAGGUAAGUAGUACCUAGCGCCUAUCCAAUUCUCAUGUUUACAUGGAAACGUAUUCCUGAGUAUUGUAGUUCUCAUAUUUACAGGUGUUUAUGGACAAUGUGGCUGCCAAAAGAAGGAAGAAUACCAGAGGGCUUCAGCUCCAUUGUGAGAAUCUGUGUCGUUACAGGUUUAAGCGGUGUUGUAUGUAUCAUUACAUUGUCAAAAGAAAAUCUCCUAGAGCUCUCUCUCUCUCUCGGGUUUAUUUGUCAUAUAUGUUAUUUUUCUUUUUAAUGAAAAUAGCUUUAGUGAACGAAAUGAGAAGGAAGAUCCAACUAAGUUUUAUUCAAAAUCAAUAGAAAAUGAAUUUGUAUUCAUUGCUCACAUAAUGUAAUACCCUUGUAUUCACUGAAUGUUUUUCGUGGAUUAUGAAUGGAUGUAUGGAUUGAAUAGAGUAAUUGAGAAUGGAAGGUAUGUAUGAACUGGAAUUGAUAUUGAAUAAAAGAGACUGGUUCGAGCCCAA